AACUAUGCAAUAUUCAGAGAGAGUCCUCCAGAGAUUUUGCUUCAGUUGACAUAUGAUUUUUCUUAUAACAUGAGUCACUCUCCGUCCUACCAGAGAGAAUCUGCCUCGGCAUCUCCCGAGAGUCCUAAAGAAGGUGACUUCUCCCCUCGACAGCUUUAUGACAACCUGAAGAGCCUGGAGGAGUAUGAGACAUGUGACGACCAGAAAGAUCCCAUUGUUAACAUCAUAACCGACAACUGCUCCGGCACACUUUUGCACACUCAAAUGUGUGCUCCGCCUGUGGCAAAUGACCUUGGGAAACUAGAUGCUGGCAUUCUUCCACAAGAACAACCGAUUAUGGAAAGCCACUUGAGAGAACCAGGAUGCCUCAUCGAUGCUACAUCGCCUUUACAAGAGAAAUUUCCGGUCUCACCAGAGUUCAUGGAGGUACUCGCACUGGAUGGAAGAUUCAUUACUUUGGUGAACGCUCAGACCCAGACAGAUUGGGAGUGGGUGGAGCAGAGCCUCUCUUUCAGCUGUCAAGUUCAAAAGGAAAUCGAAGAUCCCCAGUUGUUGCAGGCAGAGGUGGUAAGCAUGGACACCGGCACUCAUUCUUCAGAGGAGCCAGAGGAUGAAAAGAUACAGAUGGAGCAUGAUAUACAUUGUGUGGGCCUGCCUCGUCUUAUAGCACACAAGCGGGAGCCAAAACAAACCGCUCAUGUUGAAAAGGUUCCAGAGGUUGCAUCUAAACAGGAUGUGCUUCUUGCUCAGUGUGACUAUUGUAAGCAGCUCUUUCAACCCUUCGUACACAGUGAACUGUUGGAAAAUGCAACAGACUUUCAGAGGCUCUUCUGUUGUGAGAAAGCUAAACAAAUGAGAGAGCUUAUAAUGGCAGAGAAAGAGAAGCUGGCACAGAAGGAGUCAGAUAGGAAGAUUGAUGUGAACCCGGGUGCCCCCAUGAUGAGCGAGGAGGAGAGGAAAGUUGCUAAAGAGCAGGCAAAGGAGAGGUUGAGACUUUUGCAACUCCAGAGAAAACCUACAAAAGACAACUUAAACAAAGACUUGAGUCACAUUGAGAUAAAAAAUACAACCUCAUACAGGCUGUCAAAAGAAAUUCCCUGCAUCAACCCUCAGAAAGACAUCAAAAAUACUACUGACAUGUUCACUUUACAAGAAGAGACAGAUGGUAAUCAAAAGCCCAAGGACGUACUGAAGAAGUUCUACAAAAGUGGUGAAUGUUUUCUUACUUUAUGCCCCGAUGGAACAGGUAAUGUUUUUUAUCCUUCUGGGAAUGCAGCCAUGAUAAUAUCCUCUGCAGAAGCUGCUGACUUCACUUACAUAAUCUUGGACGACAAGGACGCAGCGCCCAGCAUCAAAGGCAUUUUCACAAAUAGAGGCCACAGCACAUGCUAUCAUCCCAAUGGAACGAUGUGGUUGAAUCUGACCCCUGUUGGAGGUCUCUGCUUCAGUGAGAUGGGAGCUUUGAACAGACGCUGGAAUUGGUUGUAUCGUGACCCGAAUGUACAUAACCUUCCCUUCAAGCCUCUGACCUUAGCCCUAGGCCCACACAUCAGUGUGUGCAUACACUCACAAGAACGCAUGUACAUCAAGUUUGCACAUCAGCAAAACAAUGUGCACUUCAAUGUGGGCUCAAAGCUUGAGCACAUUUAUCCAGAGAGCUGUGACAAGCCAAGGCAAGAUGUUCUGGAGAGAUAUGCCCAAAUGAAGAGGUCAGAGAUUUACUCUCUGCUCGACCAGAUGCAGACCUGCAUGUCGCGCCACUCUGCAAGCCUGAGCAACAUUAAGCCACAUUACCGUUUCACUGCCCAGAAGCAGCGGCUUAGCAGAGAAAUGGAAAAGGAGAAGUCACCCGAGAAGAUAAAGGCCCAUGUAAAUUAAGAAAGAAAUACAGAAUUGGCAAGAGCUGAUAUCAUUUAUGGCUGUGUUACAGUUUAUAGCCUUAUUAUUUAAAACCUUUUGAGGAUCUGGUGCUUAUAGUCAUUCAGUGUUUCAUUCAGACUGUAAAGCUCGAGGUUUAUAGAAAAAGAUUUAUGGUGGAUUGGAUCAGUGACUCUGGAAAGACAAAAACACGCAGAGAAGAAGCUCAGGUUU